ACAUUUUCGUCAAGUCUUACAUUUACAAGCAGAAGGUGGUGGAGAAUAUUCGGUAAAAUAAUCCUUGAUUUGCUGAAAGAUAAAUUGUAUCUGGACACAGUGUUGUUGUCAUUUUGAGUCAUGGCUUCCAAACGGAUAACCCAGGAAACUUUUGAUGCCGUGGUGAAGGAGAACAUGGAAGACUUUGAGCUUGGUGCAGAAGAGGCUGUAGCUGAUGCCAUUCAACAGUUUGAGUCUCAGGGCAUUAACCUUGCUAACAUCAUCAAAGAAGCUCAUGUUGGAGGUGAAUCUGGUGAACCAACCAAGCAUCCUGUAGUGGUUGCUCUGCAUGGCUUGACAGAAGGGAUCAAAACCAUAGCUUCUGGGGGUGAUGGAGCAGAGGAUAUCAUAACACAUCUUCAAGCUUUCAAGACAGAGUGCGACAAGGAUCUAGCGCAUCGCAUGCAAGCUGCCAGCAACGAGGCAUUCCCAACCUUACUUCUUCUGACCCAAAGCCGACUAGCAAAGGCAGAUGAACAAUUCCAAUGCAGAGCUCUAGAGGGCCUGUGCUCUCUGCUAAAUGGACAACCUGAUCUGAUGACAGGAGCUGGCAUGGACUUCCUGCUUGAAUCAGUGAGGACUGUAGCAAGUUCUGAAGGGGAUAGUCAUCCUUCAAGCGUUGCCCUCCUCAUCAAAGCCAUUAGAUUUAGUUGCAUCAAACAUGAGACGAACAGGCAAGCAUAUGUGAAGAAGAAUCUUAUCAAAACACUCAUCAGUGUCUUAGGAAAUGCGAAGGGUGAUGUGAAGGUAGUACGAGAAGUCGAUGCCACCUUCCGGGCUCUUGUCGUCGAUGAUGAUGUCAGGGUACCCUUUGGGAAAGCCCAUGACCAUGCUAAGCUUAUCGUUGAAAGUGGGGCAUUGAAGAUUCUUCUUGAAGUCAUGCAGAGUUGCAUGCAUGAUCAGGCCGCUGUAGGUGACCUCAGUGCAACCUUAGGCCGUCUGUCAGUCAGGAACGAGUUCUGUCAAGAGAUCGUCAAUCUAGGAGGUCUGAAGUCGGUCUUGAAGGUGUUGGGUGAUGAUCUAGCUAGUCAGGUAGUAGUAAGACAACUCCUUGAUCUUCUCAAAGCAAUAGCUGGAAACGAUGAGGUCAAGAUUGCUAUAGUGAAUGCUGGAGGUAUCCCAACGAUCUUAGGUGCCAUGUCAAGAUAUAUACGCAUUCCUCAGGUAUGUCAAGUAGGAUGCGCAGCUGUAGCAGCCAUAGUUCUUCGUAAACCAGCCAACUGCCUGGCGGUAAUGGAAGCUGAGGGUGCUAAACUUCUGGUUCAAAUCCUGACAAUACAUAAGGAUGAAGCAGCAGUACAGAACCAAGCUUGCAGGGCGGUGCGGAACCUAGUCGCCAGGACACCAGAGCACAAGGAUCCAUUUAUACGGCUAGGAAUUGAGAGUCUUCUAAGAGAUGCGGAGAAGCACUGCCCAGACGAUGCUAAGGCUGCCCUCAGAGACCUACACCUCAAGGUGGAAUUACGAGAGCUUUGGAAGGGAGAAAAGAACCCAUUAACCAAUUAGAAAAUCCUAAUAAUAUGCAACAUAUGAAUAAUUCUUAAUACAAUGUCUCUAAGCACUGUAAACUGUUACCCUGGCUUUAGCAGGGCUACCCUGAUCAGGUGCUUGAGCAUUCAAGGAUAUCCUUCCUAUUGGUUAGCCAUUUACUACACUUCGAUGGAGAGUGGUAAACAAAGGCCUUUCCAAUGGACGCAAGUGCCAUGGGGGAAUUCAAACCCCUGACCUUAUAAGAGAGAUUGGCAAAUUUGUGUGGGUUACAAAAAAUUGUUUACAUAUAAAAGCAAAAUAUUACUAUUAUCAUUCCACUUAACCCUAUCUAGGCUGGGGGGGGGGCUCGGAGGCCCCCCCUCAACGAUUCGCGCAAUAUUUUCGCCACACGAAUUUUUUUGACCGCGCCGCUUGCUGACUUUUUACUUUCAAGUCUUGCGCAACUUUUGAGACCAAUUAUGCGUCACCCGGGUUCGUGGUUCCGAAAUUAUGUAAGUGCAUGUCAGACCCAAAAUUGCUCAAAAACGUGAUUUUGUGUACAAAGUCAAUGCAAAUUGUGUUUUCAACCAAAAAUCAUAAAUGUAUGAUUAUUUUUAGUUUUGCUGGUUUAAAUGUAUUUAUUUUAUGCUUUUUUUUAUCUCGGAAGAGUCCCCAACAUAUUUUAUUGAAAAAACAAUGAAAAACGAAAGGUAAAAAACAAAGAAAUACAUAAGAAAUUGCAAAAAACAAUAUAAUACAUAAGAAAAUGAUUUGAUAUCGCAAUUUUGUUCAUGUACACUUGCUAAGAACACCACAAAGAGUUCUAUACCAAAAUAUUAGAACAUUUGGAGCUUUAUUCAGGGAGUUAGAGGAAAAAGUAUGAUUUCGCAUACUAAAUACGCAUAAAUUAGCAUAAUCAUUUAAUAGCAAUUCGCAUGAAAUAAAUUACUAUACAAUUUUGUAGAUUAUGUCCCAGACAACCCGCGUGCCAAUUUUCGGCGCAGUCGACGGCCGAGAUCUUAAGGGGGGCUUGGGAGGCCCCCCCCCCCCCCCCCCGGCCAUAUGAACUCCCAAAAUACCCCGGCCUAAAUAGGGUUAAAUCUGUGCACAUACGUGUGCUGCAAGUUAAAAAAAUAUAUGUAUUGUAAAUAUAUUUAUUGGUGUAUAUGUGGAGUGAAAGUUUGUUGUUGCAUCUUUUAUAUAUGAUUUUGCAAUAAUUCAAAUAAAUUUUGAUUUAUAAAAAUGUGAGAAACCUGCCA